AUGCGGGCCUCGCACUCGGCGGCGGCCUUGAUCCUUGGGGGCUGCAACCCGGAGCUGGUGGGCACCAGCCGCCUGAAGACUGCGUCGCUGAACGGGCUUCAGACCCUCACCAGGCCCAGGUCGGCCGGACGGCUCAUCACUCCGCGGAAGGAGCUGAGCGUGGGCCUGAAGCCGCGGACGCUGGUGAAGCUGGAGUUCCACUUCUCCGCCCGCGGCCAUGGCAUGGAGUUCCAGAACCUCAUCGUCAGCAACGCCAAGGGCCAGGCCAAGGACCUGGGCGUCCAAAUCGGCUGGAGGAUCUACAUGGUGGAUGGCGAUGUCAUGAACAGCGGCACACAGGUGUGGCAAAAGCUCCAAGAUGCCCAGUGGCAAUGGAGGACCGUCACCGUGGUCUUCUUUACGGACUAUAGGGCCAUCCGCAUGGAAGAGAAGAUCAAGGAAGAGGAGGAGGAGCGACGGGAGGCCGAGCGCUUGGCGAAGCUGCCGUUCUCCAGCACCUCGGACGAGAAGCACCUGGAGCAACUCAAGCAGGAGUUCGUCUUCCAGGGCUACAUCGACCGAGUGGAGGACCGCAGCACCACCCUGCAGCAGCUGCUGAGAGUCGUGGAGUUCAGCAAGGUUUUUCAAGGGGAGCAGGGAACCUCCCAAACCGGCCUCAUAAGCCUUUUGCCGGGCAUGCGAACAGAGAUCCAGAAGUUUGUUCCGAUCCCGGGCCGUGACUUGAUCGCCGCGAUGUCCUCGGAGUGGCAAGACGUGGAUGCCGUGGCCAAGAUGCGGCAGGUGCAGGACUGGCUGGACAGCAAGGGCCUGGGGAAGUAUGGCGAGAAGAUUGUAGAGGUGACUGAGGUGACUUGCCUAGACGACUUCAAGCUGAUCGACGCGACUAUGGCAGAGGAGGUGAUCCAAUCGCUGCAGCUGAAGCUGGUCACCGCGCAGAAGUUUCGCCAAGCCGUGGCGGAAGCCCGGACCGGUGCACCGUGCGAGGCCGACAGCUGGGCGGUGGUGUCCACCUGCGAAGCCCAGGCGCCAGUGCCGCCGCCUCCGGCAGAGGUUCCGGCAGAGGUCCAUGCGGUGCAGGAGGUCAUCGCCAUCUGCAUCGACCGCUCUGGGUCCAUGGGGACGCCCUUCGCGGAGGUGACGCUGAAUGUGGUCCGAGGGGAGACCCGGGACAGCGUGGCGGAGCGCACGCGCAUGGAGGCGGUGAAGGCCAUGUUCUACGCCUUCCGGGACCGCGUGGAGUCCAUGGGCGCCGGAAAGUACCACCUGGGGCUUCUGCAAUUCGACAAUCAGGUGGAGAAGCUUCUGGACACCACGCCGGCGCUGGAUCGCUUCGAGAGCAUCGUGGACGACAUGAAGAAGCGGGGCCAGACCGCCAUCUACUCCUCCAUCCUGGAGGCCACCGAGAUGCUGAAGCCCUACUUCAGCCCCAGCUCCCCGGUGGACCUUCGGAUUUUGGUGCUGACCGACGGGCAGAACAACGCGGGCGCGGCGCCGGAGGCGGCGCUGGAGGCGGUAAACGCCGUGGGCGCCACGGUGGAUGCCAUCCUCGUGGGGGACAACCCCGACGCGGACCUGCGGCGUAUCGUCAGCGCCACGGAGGGGGAGUGUUAUCAGAUCCGACACCUCGGGGAAGGCUUCGAGCUGCUGGAGUCGGAGGCCGUGGUGUCUUUGAAGGCCCGGCGCGGCGGCACUGAGAAGCCGGCCUUCCGCCCGCGGGCCCGCGACGUGAGCUUCCGGAGCAUCCAGGAGCGGCAAAUCACCCAGGGCUCCCAUGUGCCCCGUGUGCAGGACGCGGGCAAGGACCAUCUCGCGAAGGCCAAGGUGGUGUCCAUGUCGGCGGUGGAUCACUGCAGCAAGGGCUCCCUGGGGGCGCCUGCGGCGAAGCGGGUGCUGUCGGAGCUGAAGCAGCUCUCGUCCACGGCGCUGGAGGGGAUCCACGUCUUCCCCUCCGAGGACAUCAGCUUCUGGCGCGCGCUGAUGGAGGGUCCUGCCGGUACACCCUUCGAGGGAGGCGUGUUCGCCUUGGACGUGUUCCUGCCCAGCGACUAUCCUUUCAAACCCCCAGAGAUCAACUUCCAAACGCCCAUCUACCACUGUAACGUGAACGCCAACGGCAAGAUAUGUCUGGACAUCCUGAAGAACUCCUGGCACCCGUCUCUGACGGUGGCCAAGUGCCUGCAGCACAUCCGGGAGCUGGUGAUCAGUCCCAACCCCGAGGACGCCUUGAGGCAGUGGAUUGCGGAGCUGACCCUUGUCCACCAAAGAACCAACGGUGCGGACACGCGCUACUUCGACAACGCCAGGGAGAGCACCAUGAAAGACGCCAGCCUGAGCAUCGAGGGUUGGCAGGCAAAGUGGGCUGCGGCCUAG